AUGUUACUCUACAGGGUUUCUCUUGCAGACCUGCUAAGCAGGAGACAGAAGGAGAUGAUUUCCAAGGGCACUGGCUGUGACUAUCAGACUCGUUCCAUUAAAUGCCCAGAGAGGGACUUUUACCGGACCAUUACUGGGGAGUGCAACAACAGAAAUCACUCCCACCUGGGGUCCUCUAACCGCGCAUUCGCGCGCUGGCUCCCAGCUGUGUACGAAGAUGGAGUGUCUGUUCCCAGAGGAGCAAGUGAAGGAAAGCGCUACAAUGGAUUCCCACUCCCACUGGUUCGAAAAGUAUCCAAUGAAAUUGCUCACACGGCCAACGAGAAUGUCACUGCAGACCGGCAGCUCUCGCUGGUCUUCAUGCAAUGGGGCCAGUGGGUCAACCACGACAUAGACUUGGCCCCUGCCAGUGGGGAAGGAGCCAGCCUGGAGCUCCAGUGCCACACCAGCUGUGCCUUCAAGCCCCCCUGCUUCCCCAUUAAGUUCCCCCCCGACGACCCGCGGGAGCUGAGCUCCGAUACCUGCAUGCCGUUCGUGCAGUCGGCCUCCGUGUGCAGCCCCGGCACCUUCCGGCGGGAGCAGCUCAACGCCGCCACGUCCUUCAUCGAUGCCAGCACCGUGUACGGCAGCGACGAUGCCCUGGCGAGGAGCCUGAGAAACCUCAGCAGCCAGCUGGGCCUCAUGGCCGUGAACCAGCUCUUCAGGGACGCGGGGCUGGAACUGCUGCCCUUUGAGAACACGACGCACAGUGUUUGUGUGCUCACCAACAGGAGUGCCAACAUCCCCUGCUUUAAAGCAGGUGACAAACGGGUGACAGAAAACCUGGGACUCUCUGCAAUGCACACUCUCUUUGUCCGAGAGCACAAUCGCCUGGCUAGGGAGCUGAGGAAAUUAAAUCCCCACUGGGAUGGGGAAAAGCUUUACCAGGAGAGUAGAAAGAUUGUGAUUGCCAUAAACCAGAUCAUAACAUACAGAGAUUACCUCCCACUCCUGCUGGCUGAGGAGACCAGCAAGUGGAUCCCUUUGUACAGUGGUUACAAUGAAAAGGUGGAUCCAAGGGCCUCAAAUGUUUUCUCCCUGGCUUUCCGAUUCGGCCACACGUCGGUGCAGCCUUUUGUGUCCCGUUUGAAUGAGAGCUUUCAGCCUUUGUGUUCCUCCUCCCAUGUCCCUCUGCAUUUGACCUUCUGUGCUCCAUGGAGAAUUGUAAUGGAAGGAGGCAUCGACCCCCUGAUCCGAGGCAUGGUUGUGGACCAUGCAAAACUCAUGAAACAGAACCAGCUGCUCAUUGAGGAGCUCCAGAACCACCUCUUUGAACAGACAGAGGUGAUGGGUCUGGAUCUAGGAGCCAUGAACAUGCAACGGGGAAGAGACCACGGCCUUCCAGGUUACAAUGCCUGGAGGGGCUUCUGUGGGCUCUCCCAACCCCAAACUGUAGAAGAAUUAUCUGAGGUGCUGGGCAAUCCAAAACUGGCCAAGAAGUUCAUGAAUGUGUAUGGGACACCGUACAAUAUUGACCUCUGGAUUGGGGCAGUUGCAGAGCCUGUGGUUCCCCAGGGCAGAGUUGGGCCCCUCCUGUCCUGCAUUAUUGGCACCCAGUUCAGGAACCUGCGUGAUGGGGACAGAUUCUGGUGGGAAAACCUGGGAGUUUUCACUUCACAACAGUUGCAAGCAUUGAGAAAAAUCUCAGUGUCAAGGGUGAUCUGUGACAAUACUCAUAUCAGAAAGAUACCCAGGGAUGUGUUCAAGAUCAACACUUAUCCUGAGGACUUCACUGAUUGCCAAGAGAUUGACAUGCUUGACCUCUCAUCCUGGAAAGAUGAGCCUGAGAGUGCCACAAAAGCAAAUGGGAAAUCCCUCAAAAUCCAGCCUGUUCUGGACCUUGGGAUUGUGUCCUCUAAAGAUAUUAUUUCCUAG